AUGGAAAAUUACAACCUGAGCAGGUGUUAUAUCAACGAGCUAUUCUCACAAUAUACGGUGUCACUGCUGCUCAUAGAGACCACUGUGGGUUUCCUGGGGAACGCGUUCGCCUUGUGGAUUAUCGUUUGGCGCAUCAAGGAUUGGACCUGCUUCACGGUCUACAUGCUCAACCUGGUGCUCAGCGACCUCCUCUUCGUGCUCGUUGCGCCCGUGCGCUCCAUCUACUACAUGUACGACAACCAGUGGCCAUUCGGCGAGGCAGCGUGCGACAUGCUCAUCACCGUCACCUACAUCAGCCUCUACGGCAGCAUCUUCUUCCUGAUGUGCAUCAGUGCCGAGCGCUACUUCGUCAUCGUCCACCCAACGAGAGCGUUCCGCAACCGCUCGCUCACCUCCGCCAAGCUGGUCAGCCUGGCCGGCUGGGUCACGGUGCUGGGCGGACAGCUCAGUCUGCCGUUCAUCUUCCACACGACCGUCGACGCACGGGACGCCAAUGCGACGCGCUGCAUGACAUUCAACUUAGAAGACCUCUACCCGAGCUACAACACGUGGAGCUCCGUGGUCACCAUGGUCUUCUUCUUAUUGCCCUUCACGGUCAUGAGCGUCUUCCACGGGCUCAUCACACACAACCUGCUCUACCAGACGGCGCUCGGCGUGCGUGUGGCCAGGGCUCGGCGCAGGGCGGCCAGGCUGGUGGUGCUGGUGCAGCUGAUAGUGGCCAUCUGCUUCACGCCUCUGCACGUGGUGAGGCCCCUGCUGACCGCCACCAGCAUGCUGACGCCGACCAAAUGCGGCCUGCUGCGGGACCUCGCCAAAGGCUUCUUCAUCAGCAUGUCCUUGAGCGGACUCAACAGCUGCCUCGACCCGCUGCUAUUCUACCACUCGGGCGGCAAGUUCAGGAAGGAGGCGAAGGCUGUCGUCAUGACCCUGCUCUGUCGCGGCUGUGUGUGUCCGGCAGGACCGAUGGCGAGGAGCGAAAUGCAAGCUUCUGUCAUCAACGUUGAGCCGUCGCUCAACUCCAAUCGGACUUGA